CACAAACCUGGACCUGACUACCAUGAAAAGAAAAUAUUCACUCUCAGGAGCACUUUUGCCUUCCUUUAUCUCAGAAACAGCUGCCUUAUCUGUUUUAUCAAAAAUAUACUAAAUAUUCAUAACACAAAUGGAUACGAGCGAGGAUGAGAUAGAGGAGGAUGAAAACGAGUGGAAGACCAGUUUCGUAGAUUCAGUCCCACUAAGCCCCGCUCCUGCUUCUGUUUCAGGUCCAAGCCUACAGAAGACCCUAGGACCAACGCCUGCACACAGAGUUAUUUUGCAUUUUGACCUAGAUUGCUUCUAUGCUCAAGUGGAAAUGAUCAGAAACCCAGCACUGAGAGAAGUCCCUUUAGGUAUCCAACAGAAAUACAUCAUAGUCACCUGUAACUAUGUUGCAAGAGAGCAAGGUGUCACCAAGCUGAUGUCUGUGACAGCUGCUAAGGAGAAAUGUCCUCAGCUGGUUCUGGUUAAAGGAGAAGAUCUGACACAUUACAGAGAAAUAUCCUAUAAAAUGACCGAGCUGCUGAUGUCCUACUGCCCACUGGUAGAGAGGCUUGGAUUUGAUGAAAACUUCAUGGAUAUCUCGUCGAUGGUUGAGAAUAGGCUUGCACAGACACCAGGGACUGAUGCAGUUUCAUUCAAAGGACACGUCUUCAACCAUUUAACUGCUGAUGUGGAUUGUGGUGAUCAUACAAGGCUGGCUUUAGGUUCACACAUUGCAGCCGAGUUGAGAGAAGCAGUCCACAGCAAACUGGGACUGACUGGAUGUGCUGGUAUAGCCACAAAUAAGCUACUGGCCAAACUGGUGUCAGGCACCUUCAAACCCAAUCAGCAAACCACCCUCCUGCCAGAGAAUAUCAGUGACAUCAUGGGCAGUCUCAGCGGUCUUCGUAAAGUACCAGGGGUGGGUCACCAAACCGCUAAAAGACUUCAAGCCCUGGGAUUGGUCAGUGUGAAAGACCUGCAGCUCUUCCCAUUGAGUGACUUGGUGAAAGAGUUUGGGGCCUCCAGUGCUCAGCGGUUAAAGAAUCUGUCUCUCGGUGUUGAUGACUCACCUGUCACCCCAACUGGGGCCCCCCAGUCUCUCAGUGACGAAGACUCCUUCAAGAAAAUGUCAUCAACCAAAGAGGUUUUGGAAAAGAUACAAGAACUUCUGAGCAGUCUUGUAGAGAGGAUGCACAAAGAUGGCAGGCAGCCUCAAACCUUUAGGCUCACCAUUCGCAAAUACUCAGCGACCAACAAGUGGUUCAGUCGAGAGAGUCGGCAGUGUCCAAUCCCAAACCACAUCGGACAGAAGAUCUGCUCUGGCUGCUGUGAUGAUGCUGUGGUCCAGCUGCUCUCGCUGGCCUUGAAGCUCUUCCAUAAGAUGGUGGAAAGCAGCACGGCCUUCCACCUCACCCUCCUAAAUGUUUGCUUCAGUAACCUGCAGACCAGAGAGGCAGCCACCAGCGGGAAGGGCUCCAUAGCACAUUUCUUCACACACAGCACGUCUCCCAGGAAAACACAAAGCAUCUCUUCACAAAGCCAGGUAGUACAGUAACGUCAUGUUUAAAUGUCUUUUCAUGACCACUUCGAUCAUCCUAGCCUCAAGUUAUUCAUACUUUCAUUUUUUCAUGACGUUGUUAUUAUCUCAUAACAGCGUAACCUUCAUGUGUUAUAGUUGGUAAAGGUCAAACACAAGUUGCUCCAUUCUUCUUUAUACUGAAGAUACCUUUCAGCCAUCUUUCUUCCAUAA